AUGCGUUACGUCGCCUCGAUGCCGAUGCCGGUGUCGAUGAGGCAGUACUUGGCACUAAUGUCGACCCGCGGAUCCACGACGUCCCCUGGCCCACCUCGGAUGGCCGGGCCACCCUCCAGCCCGCUCAGCACGCGCAUCGAGAACGAUGUGGCCGAGGCCGAGGCCGAGAUGGACAAAGGUAACCCCGAUUCGCUCAGUGUCAAUCCGAGCCGCCGCGCACAGGUCCGCGACAAGCCCCAUGUCAAGCCGCCUUUUCUGGAUGUGCCUAUGGGACGGUUCCUCACAUACCUCACACUCGGGCUGAUCGCGCUCGCGGCGUUCUACCUUUGGCGCUUUCAUGUGUGGGCCGAAAACGUCGGAGGAUACUGGAACCUCAUGACGGGUCAGCGUGAUGACCUGGCCGACGUCGUGCAGAAGGACGCUGCCAAGGCGGUCCAAGAGGAUGUUGCCUCCGCAUCGGCUGUGAAUGCUUCGGGCGCCUGCCCACCCUGCGAAGUCUCCAAUCCUACAGUCGAAUCCCUCGUCCUCCAGCUCGCUGACAAGCUCGGCAUCAAGCCCGUCGAACUCAAUGCCGCCAUCAGGCCUCUCAUCGACCCGUCCGCGCCGCAAGUCAUCGCUGAGCCCACCGCCGACCCUAACGAACCGGGUCUCCUGGGCGUCCUGGGUGAGGCACUCCUCGACUAA